GCAUAAUCUCGCCCUAUUCGAUAUUCCAAGUGACACAGGCGUGGUUGCUUGCUUCUUGGACUACUUUGCUUAUUAUCAACACCUCUUUCUCGCACCGCCGUCCUGUCCCGAUUACCUCCCCUCUUUCCUCGGGGAAGGGACAGAUAGAACAUUCUUCUCCACCACGAACACUAUUUAAAUAUAGAUCUCAGCCAUGCUUUCACCGAACUCUCUCGCUGUCCCAAGACAGGCUCCUCCAGUGAGACCAUCUCGGUCACUCGAGGGACUAGAGAAAGUCGUGCCUCCAUAUACACCUCAGCCUGCUGCUCGGUCAGCACUUCGGUUGGAUAAGCCUUUGCCCGAGCUGCCUGCGAAACCACUACCCGAGACACCCUCGAUGGAGAGUUCGAUGGGAUGGAGCGACGACAGCAGCACAGAUGUCAGCUUUGAAACUCGCCGUACGUCUGAUGCGUCGUCAGAAGGCUACCCAGUUUGUGUUCGUUCACCCUCGGAUACUCUGGACGAAUUCGUCGAACAUUCUCCUAUCUCUAGUAUAGAUCGCUCUUCCCCCGUCAAGCCUUAUAACAAACCAGAACCAUCACCUCUGACGCUCACCACAUUGUGUGAUGAUCAUCACCGUCCUCGGCCUUUACCGACGGCAACUCGCGCCGGUCCUAAUCAUUAUUUUAGAGAAAAAAAGUGGGAGUUCUUCCCAGAGCUUGCGAUGCCAUCAGACCUGCCGCCUGGGUAUCCCAAGUUUCCACCUGCGCCUCGGAAGCAGAACAGCAAUCGGCUGAACCUAGCAGCAUUCGACUUUACGAAGAUAAGUCCUCGUUGUACUUCGCCUGACAAGCGAGCACUUGCGCUUGAUGUACGCAAAUCUAUCCGCUCCUAUGUACAACGGAGGCUAUCCAAGAACUCCAUUGAUAAAACCAAGCCCAAGCGACGACCACGAGCGUCGACAGCCCCCUCUGAGUUUCCUGAAGAAUACAGAUGUUCCCGGAAGACUUCUUCUAGCAACUACUCUAACUAUUCCGAUCGUGGAAGCACAGGGCCACAGCAGAACUUUCUCUAUCUCUCUGCCGACCUGAAGCGGCUCUCGAUGGGCAGCAGUUCAAGUGAGGACGAAAGCGAUAGAACAGUGAACUCGAUAAAAUCCUAUCAGAAGAAACAGCCAGUCGUUCGCAUUUCAACUUACCAAAGGUAUGGACCAGUCACGCGGGAGAAGCCCGGACGUGAAAAGAGGAUCAGUUAUCGGCAAAGGGGCAAUGUAAGAUUUCCGAAAUAUCGGAAACAGGCCACAACCUUUCAAUAUGAAACAUCUUCGAAGACCGGACAAUCAACAUGCUCUACACUACAGCAAGGCACACGAUUCUGCGUGAGAGUGUUGCAGGAUGGAACGAGCCAUGUCCUAAUAGCGCUGGAUGGAGCGAGACAGAAGAUAAUUCAGGCUCAGGUCGAUCGAAGACGAAGACAAUUGAAAUCCAAGAUCAGACUAAUUGGUCCGGUCAACCCAUACACUACCUACGGUCGGGUUGAUCCCUGGAUCUGACUGCGCAUAACUAGUGGCAUUGGCAGAUUAGUCGUCUUACUGCAUCUUGUAUCAUCUACAUCGUUGAUCCACUUUAUGGCCCGUCUCACCUUCUGUCUUUCUCUAUCUACUCCCCCACUUUUUUCUUGCAGUCUUUUUUCUUUUCUUUCCUCCCAUUUCUUCUGAGUUUCCCUGUACACUUUCCAUAUUCUUAUUCUCGAUAUCCCGGAGGUAGUUACGCUAGGCGUUAUGGUUAGAUUCCUGGGGGAAUUGAUUGUUUAUGUGCAUGACAUUCGAUACACCUUUACUAUUGUUGCCUGAGUUAUGAUGAAUUUGCAUGAACGCUAGCGAUUCGCUCUUUUGUUGACUGAAUGUGAUGAGGCACUUGGGGCCUCUGAACAGGUUUGGCUAGCUUUCAAGUCUGGGAUUCCGGGCAGAGCUAGG